CGUUUUGUAGAGAUUUUUUUUUUCAAGUGCAGAAAUCUUCCUGGAGAGUUUGUUAGAUGAGCAACCAUGAUAUUUUGAAUGUUAUUUAGCCAGCGCACUGCUGAAAAAAUGAGCAAAAAGGUUCGAGUUUGCUGGUUUGCUGAUCCUGGGCAUUUUUAACCAAGAAAUGAAUCUAACAACUCCAUUUUCCGAAGUAUGCUCUUUGUCACCAUUUUAAGAAAUGAUCGACAAGCUUGACGUGGAUUGAAUCCAGUGUUUUUCACUGCGUCUGAAGGGUUCAGCCUUGCGUGGGAGCCCAGGGAACCGCCUUCUCAAGAGGCUGAGGACAAGAACCAAAGAGACAUGAACGUGACAAAGGGGGGCCUGAUCAUCUUCACAGCGAACUCGAAUCCUGCAGGCAGGGAGCUGGGAAAAAGGAUUGCCGAGCGUCUCGGGGUCGAGCUGGGCAAGGUGCAGGUGUACCAGGAGGCCAACCGAGAGACUCGUGUGCAGAUCCAGGAAUCUGUGCGUGGCAAAGAUGUUUUCAUCAUCCAGACCGUUUCCAGGGACGUCAACACGACCAUCAUGGAGCUGCUGAUCAUGGUGUACGCCUGCCGCACUUCCUGUGCCCACAGCAUCACCGGCGUAGUGCCCUACUUCCCGUACAGCAAGCAAUGCAAGAUGAGGAAGCGGGGCUCCAUCGUCACCAAGCUGCUGGCCUCCAUGAUGUGCAAAGCGGGUCUGACCCAUCUGAUCACCAUGGACCUGCACCAGAAGGAGAUACAGGGCUUCUUCAACAUCCCCGUGGACAAUUUGCGUGCCUCCCCGUUCCUCCUACAGUACAUCCAGGAGGAGAUCCCCGACUAUAGAAACGCGGUAAUUGUGGCCAAAUCUCCAGCUUCUGCCAAAAGGGCGCAGUCCUUUGCCGAGAGGCUGCGGCUCGGGAUCGCGGUGAUUCAUGGUGAGGCACAGGAUGCCGAAUCGGACCUGGUGGAUGGACGGCACUCCCCACCCAUGGUGAAAAACGUGGCCGCCAUACACCCCAGCCUGGAGAUCCCCCUGCUGAUCCCAAAGGAGAAGCCGCCGAUCACGGUGGUGGGAGAUGUGGGCGGCCGGAUCGCCAUCAUUGUGGAUGACAUCAUUGACGACGUGGACAGCUUCGUGGCUGCCGCAGAGACUCUGAAAGAGAGGGGGGCCUACAAGAUCUUCGUCAUGGCGACGCAUGGCAUCCUGUCCUCGGACGCCCCUCGCCUCAUUGAGGAGUCCGCCAUCGACGAGGUGGUAGUGACUAAUACCAUCCCCCAUGAGAUCCAGAAGCUACGUUGCCCCAAGAUCAAGACCGUGGACAUCAGCAUGAUUCUGUCUGAAGCCAUCCGCCGCAUUCACAACGGGGAGUCCAUGUCGUAUCUGUUUCGCAACAUUGGACUGGAUGACUGAGUUCUGGGGGGGGGGGGGGGUUGCGCUUUCACACGAUCAAUCUUCCCCGACGCCAUUCUACGUCUUUUCUCUUCUUUUCACGUGGAAAAAGUCAGCCUUGGUCUUUCCUCCGUUGGUUGCCCUUGGUUAUGUCGAAAUGCUUGAACUUGUAGUCCAGUAAAGUUUGUUAUUGUUCUUCAUGUUAUUAUUAAUCGGCCUUCCUUUAACGAGCAACCUUAAGGCGAGUUGGCGUGACCAUAUCAUGGUAAUUAAGGCUGACGUAGCUAGAUCGUGGUCACGUUAUCCCGGUAAAUCUUGCCGAGAACUGCAGGCCUGCCGAUACAUAACCCAGUACCCAUCUGUGGCUCUCUGUGCAAACCGCAUAGGUUAGUGAUCUUCUCUCAUUUCUGCGGCUGGAGUUACCUCUUCUGUCAUGUGCUGUCUCAAAGCAGGCAGCCUCAUUCUUUAAAUUUCCUUCCCCGCUCUUUACAGCCCUCGUCUGGCAGGACUUAUGGCAUUUCUCAGGCCCCCGACGAUGAGGACGUGUCACGGCUUCGCUUGUUGACAUGUACGCCUUCGCUCAUGGUAAUGACACUGCUCUUCCUGAGGUAGCCCGGAGCAGAUUAAUAGCCCCUGAUUGCUACGUUGCUGGUCGGGAAAUUCACAGCAUUGGGUCUGUCGGUCCCUUUGCUGCGGAGACAGACGCUUUUAAGAUGCCAAAUGAGAUGAUUAGUGUGCUGAUUUUUCAUUUUUAGCCUUUUGGUACAGUAAUGUAAGUGUGGGAAUUUUGAUAAACCGUUUCACUUUGUCGCCAUGUGUCCUUUAAAGUAUUUCAACAUUGCAAUCCGGCAUUUUCCGGGAGCCUGGGAGUCAGUCAUGCGAUGUAUUAAAAGGUACCAUUUCACUAAGAUUAUAGACCUUCAGACUGUGCUAGAUGAACACUGACCAGUAACCAGGUGGACCUGGUCAAUAUAUAGUAAGUCUAAAUAUUCCUGGGCAUAAACCUAGUACUUGAAGUUUCAUUUUCUGUGUAAAACUAACACUAUUAACAGGCUUUGCUUCCCCUGUCGGCAGCCUGCAAUGACGCACGUUGUUGUACAUUGACUAAAAUUUGGUAGAUGUCAUUCCAUAGAGACAAGGCCACUAUGGCCUCUGGUCAGCCUUUUAAAAGGAUUGUAUAACCAAGGAUUUGAGGAGCCUGUUUUAAGGGAUCCCUGCAUUCUUAACCCGAAAGGGGCAGCUUAUUUAUUUUUGGCGAGUUUGAUUAAAUAAAUGGAGAACUGAGA